AUGCCAGCCAUCAAAGACAAAUAUGCUAUCCAUUCCAAGGCUGUCGUAUGUUUAGACGCUGAUCUCAAGGGAGAUGUUACUAUUGGUUCAGGCACAGUUGUUCACCCCAAGGCCACCAUAUUCGCAAUGGCAGGCCCGAUCAUUAUCGGUGCGGGCUGUAUUAUCGAAGAGGCUGUUAUCAUAGUCAAUAGGCGUAAGGAAACCAUGAGAAUCGGAGAUUCGAACCUACUCGAGAUUGGUUGUCGCAUCGAAUGCCCUUCUAUAGGAGAUAUGAACACUGUUGGUGCACGCUCUCGACUUCAUCAUACUGUCCGACUGGGAAACUACUGCGUGAUAGGAGCGGGAUGCAUGGUUGUACCUUCCGAGGACGACGUAUUGGAUGACUUUACCGUUGUCUAUGGACCGACGGCCGAACGACGCACCUGGAGCGGACGGGGGAAAAUCCAGGAGGCCGACUUGCGCCAAAAGCACGUCGAGUAUUUGCGAGAGAUGUUGCCCAAGUUCAACAGAUUAAGGCGCACUGACAAUGCAUAA